AUAUGCCCCGCCCCUCAUUCCAGGUGUCGCCCACUUAACUGAGGAUCCAGGAUCCCCUCCUUAAGGUUUGUCUGGGCUCGGAAUUGCCUUUUUUUUUUUUUUCUUUUUUGAGACAGAGUUUCCCUGUUGUGACCCAGGCUGGAGUACAUGGCGCGAUCUCAGCUCACUGCAACCUCCACGUCCCGGGUUCAAGCGAUUCUCCUGCCUCAGCCUCCCAAGUAGCUGGGAUUACAGGCGCCCGCCACCACGCCCAGCUAAUUUUUGUAUUUUUAGUAGAGACGGGGUUUCACCACGUUGCCCAGGCUGGUCUCGAGCUCUUGAUCUCAGGUGAUCCGCCCGCCUCGGCCUCCCAAAGUGCUGGGAUUACAGGCGUGAGCCGCCGCACCCGGCCCGGAAUUGCGGCCUUUAGACCCUCACCCACCCGCUGCUGAGUCUUCCUGGGCCCCGCCCCGGCCCUAAGCCCCGCACAGGACCUGCUAGGCCCCGCCCCGGCCCUAAGCCCCGCACAGGACCUGCUAGGCCCCGCCCCGGCCCUAAGCCCCGCACAGGACCUGCUAGGCCCCGCCCACUUAUUUCCCCCCUUUCCAACCCCUUCCUCCCUAGCCCCCGCACCCUACCCUUGUUUCCUGUCCCUGUCGCGCCCAGGUGUUUACCUGGCACUCAGGUGAGUGGUGCGCUCUGGCUGUUUCUGUCGGAGCCGCCCGCCUCUUCCUUCAGCGCGUCCCACAAAUCCCGACGGCACGGAGGGGCCCCAGGCCAAAGGCGGCGGGCCCCUGAGCCCUGAAACCGCUUCGCCGCUGCUGCAGGUGCCCCCGGCCGGCAGCGCCGCCGUGGUCCCGGAGCGCGGCGACAUGCCGGAGCUGGUGGUGACCGCGCUGCUGGCGCCGUCGCGCCUGUCGCUGAAGCUGCUGCGCGCCUUCAUGUGGAGCCUGGUGUUCUCGGUGGCGCUGGUGGCCGCGGCGGUCUACGGCUGCAUAGCGCUCACGCACGUGCUGUGCCGGCCCCGGCGCGGCUGCUGCGGGCGCCGUCGGAGCGCGCCCCCCGCCUGCCUGAGCGACCCCUCGCUGGGUGAGCACGAUUUCCUGAACCUCAAGAGCUCGGGCCUGCGUCUGCACUAUGUCUCGGCUGGACGAGGUAACGGACCCCUCAUGCUGUUUCUGCACGGCUUCCCUGAGAACUGGUUCUCCUGGCGUUACCAGCUCCGGGAGUUCCAGAGCCGCUUCCAUGUUGUGGCUGUGGACUUGCGAGGCUAUGGCCCCUCGGAUGCACCUCGGGAUGUGGACUGCUACACAAUCGACCUGCUGCUGGUGGACAUCAAAGAUGUCAUCCUAGGCCUGGGUUACUCGAAGUGCAUCCUUGUGGCCCAUGACUGGGGUGCCCUCCUUGCCUGGCAUUUCUCCAUCUACUACCCAUCCCUGGUCGAGCGGAUGGUUGUGGUCAGUGGUGCCCCCAUGUCGGUGUACCAAGACUAUUCCCUGCACCACAUCAGCCAGUUCUUCCGUUCCCACUACAUGUUCCUGUUCCAGCUGCCCUGGCUGCCCGAGAAGCUGCUGUCUAUGUCUGACUUCCAGAUUCUGAAGACCACCCUCACCCACCGCAAGACAGGCAUCCCAUGCUUGACCCCCAGUGAGCUCGAGGCCUUCCUUUAUAACUUCUCACAGCCUGGUGGCCUCACUGGGCCCCUCAACUACUACCGAAACCUCUUCAGGAACUUCCCCCUGGAACCCCAGGAGCUGACCACACCCACAUUGCUGCUGUGGGGGAAGAAGGACACUUACUUGGAGCUGGGGCUGGUGGAAGCCAUCGGCAGCCGCUUUGUGCCGGGCCGCUUGGAGGCCCACAUCCUGCCAGGCAUAGGGCAUUGGAUCCCACAGAGCAACCCCCAGGAGAUGCACCAGUACAUGUGGGCCUUCUUGCAAGACCUGCUGGACUAGUGGUCCUUGCUGGCCUGCCCAGGAGGCAUGGAUACUCAGGAAGGAACACACACCCGUUAUCCGUGUGUGCCUGGGAGUCCAUACAAUGUCCAUACAUGGGUGAACUCUUGAAUCGCUCAUAGGCAUGGGACUCCUGGAUCUCACACCAGUGCACCUAUGGGUGCCUCGGGACACACCAACCCCUGUACUCACACACAGGCAUGGAUGCAUGUGUGUGUAACAAACACUUUGACCCUGGGAACUGGGUAUACCUCUCUUCCAGUGGAGCCAGAUGCCGAGACCGAGACCGAGUGUCCCACCUCCUCCCUUCCUGGGGCCUCACUCUGCGCUUUGCCAAAGUCGCUUCUCUGCCAUAGCUGCACAAACCUUAAACCCUGACCUUCCUGUCCCUGCCUUCCACCUCCUGCCCGGUUCUUCAGCUCAGUGCUACUCUAAAUACAAUACUGCUGACCACAUUUGGCUACUUCAACUUAAAUGUAUGUUAAUUGAAAUGAAAUACAAUGAAAAUGCAGUGCUCAGUCCCACCAGCUGUAUUUCAUUUUUUUCCCUUGAGACAGAGUCUUGCUGUGUCGCCCAGGCUGGAUGGAGUGCAGUGGACGCAAUCUAAGCUCACUGCAACCUCCACCUCCCGGGUUCAAGCGAUUCUUGUGCCUCAGCUUCCUGAGUAGCUGGGACUACAGGAGCGUCACCAGGCCUGACUAAUUUUAGUAUUUUCAGUAGAGAUGGGGUUUCACCAUGUUGGCCAGGCUGGUCUCGAACUGCUGACCUCAAGUGAUCUGCCCACUUUGGCCUCCCACAGUGCUGGGAUUACAGGCGUGAGCCACUGUGCCUGGCCAUACCAGCUGUAUUUCAAGUGCUCAAUUGCCACAUCAGUGAAGAAAGUUGUGUGUGGCAGCG